UAACGGGCGACUCCCCGGAUGCGGCUGUGAUUGACUACUAGGCAAGAAAAGCUCGCAAGCUAAGUGGCGGGAGAGUGCACAGAUGCUAAUUAUACCGUCUUCCUGGGAAUAGAUCAAAUGUUUGCUUCUUCUGAACGAGGAAAUUAGUUUUGAUUGUGCUGCAGCCCCAGUGGUCUUGAGCAGGAUGCAGACCAUUAAGUGUGUUGUGGUGGGCGAUGGGGCAGUGGGCAAAACCUGCCUUCUCAUCUCUUAUACGACCAAUGCCUUCCCAGAAGAGUACAUUCCCACAGUGUUCGACAAUUACAGCGCUCAAAUGAGCGUGGAUGGCCGCACCGUCAGCCUCAACCUGUGGGACACGGCGGGCCAGGAGGAGUAUGACCGCCUGCGCACCCUCUCCUAUCCUCAGACCAACGUGUUCAUAAUCUGCUUCUCGAUCGGAAGUCCUUCCUCCCACGCCAACGUCAGGCACAAGUGGCACCCCGAGGUGUCGCACCACUGCCCCAACGUGCCCAUUCUGCUGGUGGGCACCAAGAAAGACCUGAGAGGCGACGCAGAAACAGUGAAGAAGCUAAAAGAGUCGGGUACGGCCCCUACAACCAACCAGCAGGGCAACAGCCUGGCCAAGCAGAUCGGAGCCGUCAAGUACAUGGAGUGUUCUGCGCUGCAGCAGGACGGUGUAAGAGAAGUGUUCGCUGAAGCUGUGAGGGCCGUGUUGUAUCCAGUCACAAAAAAGAACCACAAGAAGUGCGUGCUGUUGUAAUGAACGGUUCCCAGGUUUGGACUAUGAAGGGGGAUGAUGGAGGUCCACAGAUGCACAGGAAAGCUGAGGGAUAAAGGAUACCAUCUGGUUGCUUCCAACCUACUUCUGUCAGUUUUCAGCACCUGUGUUACUCCUGUUUUCCUGACUCAUCAUCUCCUGGAGCAUCUAAUUGUGUUGCCAUCUUCACCAAAGUGACUGAUUCUAAAUGAAGGCAACCGACCGUCUCUCCUCUACUUUCCUUCCAUUAACUUUUGAUAUUUACACAUUUUCAAAUUUACAUCUGCUCGUGAUUUAUUGCUUCUAUGCUUUGCCUUAUAAAAUGUUCAUUAUGGUCAGCGAAAGCCAUAACUUCUAAACAAACCAACAAAUUGACUUGAGAGAGGAGAUCUGUGUGUGUUCAGGUGGAGAACUAAUGACUACCUCACAUUCUCACCUACGUUGCAUCUCGUUGGGUCUCGAGCAAAGGUUGCCAUCCAAGAUCUUUUGAUUUGCAUAUUAGAUGUAAAAAAAACAUUCAAGCAGAAGUUAAAGUUUUUAACGUUAAGCAGCUUGAGCGUGUUUCAACUCCURGAUACAUACCAGUACCCUUUAGCCAAAUGCAAAGAUUAAAGGUUAAAUUYUCGCCAGUUGUUUUUGUGCUAAGUUUGGUAUGUUAGAGUUGYCUGACAGAUUGCACUUCCAACCUAUUUCACUGCUCGCUCGCUCUCUUCCACACAUGGAGAAGCCAGUGGGUCUUUGAAGAUAAACUGGGCCCAUUAAGAGCCGCAAACCAUUUCCGCUCUUUUUUUUGUAACAGAGGAGCAAAUGUCCUAAGGCCUCUGCUAAAAUUACCCAUACUGGUACAGGAUUCCUCGAGUCAUCGUAUUCAGGAAGUCUGAUUGUAGCGGGGUGGCUCUCCUCUGUCUACAUCUGAACAUUUUUGAGCUCACACCGAGUGCUAUUAAAAAAAAACCAUGCCUAAAAACAUCCUGGUAAAGGAGACUGUAUUUUUUUUCUAAGUGAAUUUACUUUGUAAAUGAUUUUUCUUAAUCCUGAAAUGUUUUUAACUUACAUGUGCGGUUAUGGCCAAAGUUAAAUAUAUUUUUGUAAUAGCUCAUGUUUAUCUGAUCAGUAAACUGUAUGUGUGCUGUUGUUAAUUCUUACAUAUGAUAAACUAGAACUCCGCAAUGCUUCCCGUUGUCAAUGACAUGAUUGUGCAAAGGUCAACAAAGGCCACUUUAUAAUCAACUCAUUGUAGCAUAUAUUACCAGAAUGUUUUAACCGGUUUGCAUAAAGCUGUAUACUUCUUAUCCUGUAAUGUUUUGAUGAGGUGAAUAACAGUUUUGCCUUAAAGAAGCAGCGUCCCACCAGCCUUGUUAGCCCUAAGACACACCUCUACGGAAGGAGCCUUUUACUCGGUCAGGUGCCUUAUUUAAACCAAAGACCACACCAGAACUACCAACCUAAAGGGUCUCAUCAUAGUGCUGCCAGUGCUAUGAGAAAUCUAUAAGCACAGGUCCAACAAAUUCAAAUUGUUUUGUUUAAAAAUUUCAAAAGCUUUCAGUAAUAGUUCCUGCCAGUAAAUACUCUGUAAAGUUUUUUUUUUUCUUGUUUUGUGAGACACAGGUGCUAAACUGACUUCUCACGCUGCGCAACUUUGCAUUUGUGAAACAGAGCUGACGGGCCCACAGCUCUUAACAGAUUGUGGUUUACAUCCCUGCCUUGCAUGGUGCAGUGAAAGCACAAGAAGCGCAGCUYGCUCGCACGGUUAACAAUAGCUGCGUUGGCGUUGCUUUGCAGCAUUUGAAGAUUUUUUUAAUCUAUUUUUCAAAAAAUAUUUUUAUAUCAAAUCUGUAGCUUUUUUUUUUUGUUGCUCACAUUACUAGCAAUAAUACCAACCCUUGUUUUCAUUUGCACUUCAGUGCAGGAUAUUUGUUUGCCUAAAAUCUGGGGUAAAUGAAGAGCUAUGUGCUUUCAGAUCUGAAAGAUGUGCGAAAUUUCCCAAGUAUCUGCAGUAGUUGAAUGUAUGUGCACGAGAAGUAAAACUCAUCUGUGGUGAUUUAUCUUUUGUUUUAUUUUUAUUUUUUGUCAUGUCCCUAUUUCACUCAGUUCUGUUUAAGUGGAACAAACACCUGUGGGCUCUCCGUGUCCUGGAGCAGUAUGCUACCAUAUGCGUGGUACUACGCUUUUACACUGGGAACGUGAUUUGUAGAAUUCUGUUAAUUGUUUUAUAAAUAACAAAAAAACAUAUUUGUAUAAAUGAACUAACAGUGAGAUGAUUUUAAAUUAUACCAAAUAAAAUAGUGCCUAAAACCAAA